CGGUGAAAUAAAGUUUCAAAGUACAGUAGAGGUUUGCAGAUAGUGAGCUGGGUGGUAUAUUCUAGUUAGUAAAAUAAUCCUUAAACACACGGAGAAAACUACAAAGAAUUAUGCCCUUAAAGUGCGAGAAGUUACGUACUCUAAGCUCUUUGAGUUCAAACUUUUCUGAUCUUAAAGUUAUCGCUGGUGGUGGAGGCGGUGUUGUUUUAUCUGGUGUGGAUAAAUCUUUAUCGGUAACUUCAAUUCCCGACAAGGAAAAUUUAGCAGUAGCUUUAAAACGACUAUCCUUAGUUGGCAAAGGCCAUUGUCGUGUGGCUCUUAGAGAGUUGCGAUUACUAAAGCGUUUUAAACAUGAAAAUCUUGUAAAAACUUUAAAAAUAACUGACUCCAGUGGAACAGCUAUUGAGGACCCUUCCAUGGAAAAUUUUAAAGAUUUAGAUGCUGUGUAUGUUGUUGAGGAACUACUGGACACUGAUCUACAUAAAGUAAUCGAGAGAAAUGGAAAGUUAUCGUUAGAAACAUGCAAACUAUUUUUAUAUCAGUUAUUAAGAGGACUAAAGUAUAUUCAUUCAGCAAAUGUGGUACACAGAGAUAUAAAACCGGGAAAUAUGUUCGUUAAAGCAGAUGAUCUAACUUUAAAAAUUGGGGACUAUGGUUUAGCUAGAGUGUUCGAUAAACGGUAUGACCAUAAAGGCUACUUAACUGCUGUGGUCUCAACACGAUAUUACAGGGCUCCAGAGGUGAUGAUAAACUUAGGAAAUUAUUCUUAUCCAAUUGAUAUAUGGAGUGCUGGUUGUGUUUUUGGUGAAAUGUUGUUAGGAAAAGUUAUGUUUCCAGGGAAAAACGAUCUUGAUCAAAUAAAUGUCAUAUGUGAAAGUUUUGGACUCAAUAUAGAAAGUUUUUAUGAGCAAGAAGCAUCUUUCCCGGAACACAUUUUUGAUGGUCUUCCCCCAGAAGUUAUCGACCUUCUGAAUAAAAUGUUACGUAUAAAUCCGUCUGAAAGAUUGACUGCAGAGGAAGCCUUGAAUCACCCGUUUUUCAGCGAAUUACACGAUCCCCAAGAUGAGCCGAUAUGCGACCAACCGUUUUUUGUCGAACACGAAAUCGAUAAUUUACCACUUAAAAUUUUAAAACGAAAAAUUUUAAGAAAUUCGUGCCUCCACGUAUUCGAAAAAAAAUCUUAUCAUUCUUCAGAAGAAAGUUUAUUCAAAGAUUUUGAUGAAACGUUUACCUCAGAUAUGCUUUCCCUGACGAUCAAUCCUUCACCGUCAGACGUUCGUUUGAACUCGCGCGGAGAAGAAACAGACAGCUCGGAUCAUCACAGUUCAAACGCUAACACGUCUAUAGAAAGUUGCAUUUCAUACUCAAAAGACAUUUGUUUGCCUUCAUUGCGAGACGCAAUGAGCAGGGAAGAAAUCUUAGACGAACCGUAUCGAGAUCCUGGUGUUUGCGAGCGAAAAUAUCACGAAAAUAACAACGAAAUACCAUCCAUAGAUAUAUAUACCUCAAAUGACUCGUAUAAUUGUAUUCAACAAGAGACCUCGUACUUUUCUGGUUUAUCGCCGGUUAUAGAUAUCACGGAACCUGCGUUUCCCACUCAAUUAAACACAACGCAGCAUUUUUUAGGGAUCCAUGGACGCACUUGCGCCAAUAAAAAUAAUGAUAUUAUAACAUGUCCUAAUGGUAAGGACCAGAAAUCCCUAAAAUGUUUGAACGAAGAAAUUUUAAAGUCGUUAAAUUCAAAAAUUCCAUCCGAAAACUGCAAGCUUGAGGAUUUGUUGUCGGCGAAACUUUCUAAAAAUUCACCGACCUUAUCACAUUGGGAUUCUUUACGAUUCUGGAUUUAGAAGUAAUAUAUUUUUUAAAUGAAUUUUUUUUCUAAUUUAAAACUUUUAUACGAAAGUUAUAUAUGCUGUUCACCAUUUUUGUACAUACCGAAUUUAGUGUAUUUAGUUGAAAGUUUAUUUAUUUAUUGUGUGACCUUGUUGUUCUUUUGUUGUUGUUAAACAUCAAAGCGAUUUUUUUUUCUUCCGAUUAAGCAACCUUUUUUUUGUGGUUUUCAAGCGAAACAAGUUUCAAGUUAAAAUGUAAAUUUUGUUGCCAACGGUUAUUCUAUUACUUCAAAAGAUUUAUUGUUUUAUUGUUAUAUAAUGCAUAUAUGAUGAAAUGCACACUCAUUCUCUAUCAUCAGACCAUUGAGCAAUUGGAUACAAAGUCCAUUUUCUUUCCUUCUAAAUAUUUCCACUUUUGUGAAUCCCUGUUGAUCACAGUGACAAAGUUAUGAUUGAUCGCCGGUUAGCUAGAUAAAAAAUUUCCCGUGGUUGUUGACACAUUGUUUUAAAUUAUUAUGAAAUAAAUUUUUGUAACUCUUUUAAUGUUCUAACUUAUUUGUUUAUAUUAUUAUUGUAUUAUUACUAAACCUAAAAGUUUUGUAGUUGUAACAGAAUUCACUAACUUAUUUGCUGGUUGACUUGCCAUCAACAAAUGACACGCGAAAAGUCCUUGUUUAAUAGCAACCUCGUUCCCAAGUGUCAAAUUUUUGAGGAUCAUCAAGUAAGCUAUAGCUGCUCUAGCGACGGGGUUUCGUUGAAGGACUGCUCGUUACAUUUGUUGUUGGGCCUAAUCCUUUUCAAUUUCUUGAGAAAGAAACUGUCAAAAAAUCUAA